UGUUUUGCAGUGAGGCAAAUUGUCAAGUCCGGAGUUCAGAGUUGACGACCAAAGCAGUAUUGUAACGUGAGACGGGGAACUUAGUUUGGAAAACACGAUGUUUCCUAGGAUGGCGUCCACCAGCCGGUUUGGAUUCGCCCUCCGAGUUCCAAGGGAAUCCCUGAGGAAUGUGAUACUUGGUGCAGUAAGGCAGGAGAGGCAUGCUUCGAGUUCCGAGAGCACUCUGAAGAAGACGGAGCUGUUUGAAUUUCACCAGGAGCAGGGAGGGAAAAUGGUGGAGUUUGCAGGCUGGAGCAUGCCGGUGCAGUACAAGGACAGCCACAUCAACUCCCACAUGCACACACGCCAACACUGCUCCAUUUUUGACGUCAGCCACAUGCUGCAGACAAAGUUCCACGGAAAGGACAGAGUGAAAUUCAUUGAGUCUCUGAUUGUUGGGGAUAUCGCUGAGCUCAAGGACAACCAGGGUACACUCUCCCUCUUCACCAAUGAGAGAGGAGGAAUAAAGGAUGACUUGAUUGUCACCAAGACAGACCAGAGCUAUCUCUAUGUGGUUUCCAACGCUGGCUGUGCAGACAAGGAUUCUGCCCACAUAGAGGCCAAUCUUAAGGAGUUCAAAGCUGCUGGCCAUGAUGUAGACAUGGAGUACUUGGACGAAAGCUUGAUCGCUCUUCAAGGUCCUUCCAUGGCUCAAGUCCUUCAGCCAGGUUUGUCCGAUGACCUGAGCAAGUUGACCUUCAUGACCAGUGCCUUGACGUCAGUGUUUGGGAUUCAGGGUUGCCGGGUUACACGGUGUGGUUACACAGGAGAGGAUGGAGUGGAGAUCUCAGUUCCAAGGGCGGGAGUGGUCGCACUGGUGGAGCGACUGUUAGCCAAUAGUGAGGUGCGCCUCGCUGGGCUGGGGGCUCGGGACAGUCUGAGGCUUGAGGCGGGUCUCUGUCUCUAUGGCAAUGACAUUGAUGAGACCACUACCCCAGUGGAGGGCAGCCUCGUGUGGACUAUAGGAAAGCGUCGGCGUCAGACCAAGGAUUUCCCGGGAGCAGAGAUCAUUGUUCCGCAGAUCAAGGCCAAGACCCAGAAGAAGCGUGUAGGCUUGGUGUCCACAGGACCCCCUGUCCGACAGCACACCCCCAUCCUGAGCCCCGAGGGAAAGAAAAUAGGUGAAGUGACAAGUGGCUGCCCCUCCCCCUGUCUGAAGAAGAAUGUUGCCAUGGGUUACGUGGAGGCAGGGUUUAGCAAAGUGGGCACACCCGUGCAGGUGGAGGUGAGGAAGAAGAUGGUGAAUGCUGUUGUCAGCAAGAUGCCCUUUGUGCCUACAAACUAUUACACCGGCUAGUAGGAACUAUUUCUCACUGGAUCAGUGCAUAGUAUUCUGCUGUUCGUGUAGAGCAGUGAACUCAACCCCAUGCAGGCCACAUCUGUGUGCAACAUGAACCAAAAGAGCCGUGUCUAAAACGCACACAUGCACACAAACACACACACACACUAUUGAGUAAUACUGAAACCCUGCAGACUCAGAGAGAAAGUGACUGUUAUGUUCUACAUAUUUCAGCCUCGAUAAACCGACACUGAUCCACAGAAUUCUCUAGGGUGCUUUUCACAAAUUUAAAAUGAAUGCAUCUUGUUGAGAACAAUACUGUUCUACAUUAAUUUAGCCCAUUACAGCUUAGCAAGCUGCUUAAUAAUUCGAUAACUGCAUAAAGUAAAGCUUGGAACAAGUAUUUUUUUACUUCAGUCCAUGUUCCAGAUUUGGGCAGGGUCUGGGUUUUAUUCUGCAGUUAUCUCAGUAAUCCUGCUUUGUGAACAGGCCCCUGAACUGUGACAAUUCCAUGACUGUGACUUUACCAUCACAGUUCCCAAGUGCCUGAGGCCAAUAGCUGUAAAUCCCUGAACACCACAUCAUAUUCAGAACAGCUCAUAAUCAGAACACGGACCCUUACUGCACACCAAACUGUGCUGAGUAACGUUCUAGUACUGUACCUCAGGAAAAGAGCACAUGCAGAUUCAUUCCUAGCCAUGUUUAAAAAUAAUUUUGGUAUCUUUUUGUCAAAUAUUAGAGACAAAUAUUCCUUAUUUUAAAGUUAGAGUUUGAAUUAUGAAUCCAAUUAGAGCGUACACUCAUAAAUGUUUCAGCUCUUUAAACGGUAGCUGUUGAUACAGUGGAAAUUUAUACAUAGUUGCUUUUGAAUUAAAUAGCUGAAAUCAUGGAUAUUUUUUGUUUUAGAUGGACUAAUGAAAUUGUACUUUCAAUGGUUGUUUUAGUGUGUGAAAAAAGAAACAGAGUUAUACAGACAAUGGUGUAGUUUGGAGUAACUUUGUUAGCUUGAGCUUUUUGAUCCUAAAAGUGAGAGGCGUAAACAGUGAAACAAUUUGCAUAUGCAUACUGUUGUACAUAUCACGCGGUCAGUGUUAAGAAGCAGUUAAUCGAGUUUGUCUCUAUACCUGCUUAGCCAGAAAGACAGGCCUACUUUGAUCCCCAUAGCGUUUGUCUUUUUUCUUGUAUGCACAUUUAGUCAGAUCUCAUCUCCAUCCUGUUCCUCAAAGCUGCUGGUUUACAGAGGAUCAUGAUUCAAUGGCAAUAUUAGUUUACAACAGCAAGACACACACGUGAUUAAGGCAUUUUGCCUCACAAAAAUGUCUAAUGUCUAAUCUAAAAUAAAUAGAAUUUGUAAAUAA